GUAAAAAAUGGCGACUAGCAUAGUUUGAACUUCAGCGCCUGUACACAUAUUUGCAAGAAGAGACAACUCCUCGCUAAUGGAACGUUACUCAACAGCAGCAACAUUAUUUCGAGUUUUAUCGAACCUGGAUUGGAAGUUUAUCAAGGCGGAAGUGUGGUAGUGUGUGGACAGCCCAGCUGCAGCAUGUUGGAGUCAGCCUACAGAGAUGACUUCUGCAGUGUGGAGCCGAAGAAGGGGCUGGAGGCCAAGCGUUUACCCCAGAAGAGGGAGAGGGAGCAGAGUUUCACAGACCUGGAGAGCAGCCUGACCGUGGGCCAGUAUGUCCUGUGUCGCUGGUCUGAUGGCCUAUACUACCUGGGGAAGAUCCAGAGAGUGAGUACCUCCAAGCAGAGCUGCUUUGUUACUUUUGAAGAUAAUUCAAAAUUCUGGGUUCUCUGGAAAGACAUCCAACAUGCUGGAGUUCCGGGGGAGGAACCCAAAUGCUCGGUUUGUUCUGAAAUGGUGCUGGUGUCCGACAAUGAGAUCCUGAUAUGUGGGAAAUGUGGAAUAGGUUACCACCAGCAGUGCCACCUGCCAGAGGUGGAGAGCUCAAUGGAUUUGUCACCAUGGUUUUGCAGGAGGUGCAUCUUUGCUUUAGCUGUGCGGAAAGGGGGAGCUCUCAAAAAGGGCCCUAUAGCAAAAGCACUGCAGGCCAUGAAGCAGGUGCUUACCUACAACCCAGAAGAGCUGGAGUGGGAUUCUCAGCACCGCACAAAUCCCCAACAGUGUUAUUGCUACUGUGGAGGACCUGGGGAGUGGUACUUGAAGAUGCUGCAGUGUUUUCGGUGUGAACAGUGGUUCCAUGAGGCCUGUAUCCAAUGCCUACAGGAGUCCAUGAUGUUUGGAGAUAGGUUUUACUUGUUCAUCUGUUCCGUGUGUAAUAAAGGAGUGGAGUACAUUAAGCGCCUGGCCCUCCGAUGGGUGGACGUGGUGCACUUGGCUCUUUACAACCUGGGAGUCCAGAAUAAGAAGAAGUACUUUGAGCUGGAGGAAAUCCUCAACUUUGUCAGCAACAACUGGGAGCAUUUCCAUUUGGGCAAGCUCUCCAAUACUCCUCCAACAGAAAGAGGCCAAUAUCUCCUUGAUGCUCUGAACAACUACAAGAGCAAGUUUCUUUGUGGGAAGGAGAUCAAGAAGAGGAAAUGCAUCUUCCGCCUGAGGACCCGCGUUCCCCCCAACCCUCCCUCCAAACUCUUUCCCGAGAGGUCCCAAAACGAUGGAUGGAGAGGACGAAAGAAAGGCGCAGACAGGAACAGCUCUCUCCCGGCAGAGAAAAGGAGGAAGAAAAGGUCAAAAUGGCUGCUGGAGGACGCCAUUCCCAAUAAUGACCUGACCUCAGCCUGGAGCACCAACCAUCACAUGGCCAACAUCUUUGACUUCACAUUGGACGAGUUACAAAGCCUCAAAAGUACCAGCUCAGGACAGACCUUCAGUCUGGACCUGGACUCCACAGACGCUGCCAGCACCUCUGGAUCCGCCACCACCAGUGUCUCCUACGACUUCAGGAAGAAUGUUGGCAGUCGUAAGAGGAAGCUGCCCACCUCUAACUACACGGUGCUGGCCACUAAAAAGGAGGUGGUGGAGAGCGAGCUGAGCCCCAUGGAGCUGAGCCUACCAGGAGAGGAGGCCGCCUCCGCGAUGCUGGACAACGCGAUCGACAGCCACACCUUCGACAGCAUCAGCGAGGAUGACUCCUCCCUCUCCCACCUCAAGUCGUCCAUCACCAGCUACUUUGGGGCGGCAGGGCGGCUAACCUGCGGAGAGAAGUACCAGGUGCUGGCCCGCCGGGUCACGCCGGAGGGGAAGGUGCAGUAUCUGGUGGAGUGGGAGGGCACCACGCCCUACUGACCCAGACGGCCAGACUGGCUGGCUGCUGCAGUAAGCAGGAAGAGGAAGGGGGAGUAAUAGACAAGAUCGGCCUAGCAAGGCCUACCUAGUUGUACUCAUUUAAUUUUUCAUGUUACUUUCUCUUGCUCUACAGUACUAUCUCUAUUUCAGUAUAUAAUAUUACAAGUUAAAAAUGGUCGUAAGUUUCUCUUCCCCCAUAGCUAAACUGUUAAAAAAAAAAAAAAAAAAAAACUUUUCAUUUGUAAUUCAACCGGAAAACAUUUCAAGUAUUGAACAGAAACGUAAAGAUUGAGUACGUAAUUUUUGGGGGUAUAUUGAACCAAUUUGGUAGCGUCCUCUUGAGCAUCUUGAAUAGUAACACAGCCUAAAAAACUGUGUGCCGGAUGCUAGUUUGAGUAGAAGGUUUGUGAUGGUAAAGAUUACGAAAGAGUUGGCUGAGAGUUCCAAGAAAGAACAAUACCACUGAUUCUAAAGGAUGGGAGCAAAACUGUUGAAAGAGCACUACUAAAAUGGGCUAUGUGUCCCUAAAUUCUAAACAUUUUGCCUUGGCUUAUGCCGUGUUCUUAUGCUAUCUGAGUGACUCAAACAUACAAAAUCAAUGGGGUCCCCAUUAAAUGUUUUAUUCUACCUGA